CGGCGCUCGGUUCCUCACGCUUAGAGGACAGAUGUGCCUGCGGGUCGGAGCGCGCGGACCUGAGCGCCGGUGAAGCUUUUGGAAAGGGCAAGGCGGCGGCGACGAGAUGCAAGCGGAGGAGCCCUGCGCCCCGGGAGUGCCCGGUGCCCCCGGUGCCCAGGGAAAGCAGCCCGCGCCGGGCCCUGACGCACGCCUGUCUAGCCAGCUGCUACCCGAGCUGUACACCUUUGUGGCGCGCGUGCUGUUCUACCUGGCGCCCGUCUACCUAGCCGGCUACCUGGGGCUCAGCAUAACCUGGCUGCUGCUUGGCGCCCUGCUGUGGAUGUGGUGGCGCAGAAACCGCCGCGGGAAGCUCGGGCGCCUGGCAGCCGCCUUCGAAUUCCUGGACAACGAACGCCAGUUCAUCAGUCGCGAGCUGCUGGGCCAGCACCUGCCUGCCUGGAUCCACUUUCCAGACGUGGAGCGUGUCGAGUGGGCCAACAAGAUCAUCUCCCAGACCUGGCCCUUCCUAAGCAUGAUUAUGGAAAACAAGUUCCGGGAGAAACUCGAGCCCAAGAUCCGGGAGAAGAGCGUUUGCCUGAGGACCUUCACCUUCACCAAGCUCUACUUUGGACAGAAGCCUCAAGGGCACUCGUUCUGGGCUCCUUGUGCCUAUCACUUGACAAGAGCCACCAGUAGAUCUCAGGCUCCUGAUGACGUUACCCCUCCUACCAACAACCCAGAUGAAAGGCUGGAUGUAAACAGUGGGGCUGCUCUGUGUUCUCUGGGAAGAGACCCCAGCAGAGAUGGGGCGGGGGCACUGCAGUGCUACAUUGGGGACUGCGAGAUCAGUGUGGAGCUGCAGAAGAUGCAGGCUGGUGUGAAUGGGAUCCAGUUGCAGGGCACACUGCGGAUCAUCCUGGAUCCCCUCCUGGUGGACAAGCCCUUCGUGGGAGCUGUGACCUUGUUCUUCCUUCAAAAGCCGCACCUGCAGAUCAACUGGACGGGCCUGACCAACCUGCUCGAUGCACCAGGGAUCAACGAGGUGUCAGACAGCCUGCUGGAGGACCUCAUCGCUGCCCACCUGGUGCUGCCCAACCGCGUGACUGUGCCAGUGAAGAAGGGGCUGGAUGUGACCAACCUGCGCUUCCCUCUGCCCUGCGGAGUGAUCAGAGUCUACUUGCUGGAGGCAGAGAAACUGGCCCAGAUGGACCACUUCCUGGGGAUCCAAGGCAAGUCAGACCCCUAUGCCAAGGUGAGCAUUGGCCUGCAGCAUUUUCGGAGCAAGACUAUCUACAAGAACCUGAACCCGACCUGGAAUGAGGUGUUUGAGUUCAUAGUGUAUGAAGUCCCUGGGCAGGACCUGGAGGUAGACCUAUAUGAUGAGGAUUCCAACAGGGACGACUUCCUGGGCAGCCUGCAGAUCUGCCUCGGGGACGUCAUGAUGAACAGAGUGGUGGAUGAGUGGUUUGUCUUGAACGACACAACCAGCGGGCGGCUACAUCUGCGGUUAGAGUGGCUUUCACUGAUCGCUGACCCCGAAGCUCUGACUGAGGACCAUGAUGGCUUGUCCACCGCCAUCCUCGUGGUCUUCUUAGAGAGCGCCUGCAACCUGCCGAGAAAUGCUUUUGACUACCUGAAUGGCGAAUAUCGAACCAAAAAGCUCUCUAGGUUUGCCAAGAAUAAGGUGAGCAGAGACCCCUCUUCCUAUGUCAAGCUGUCUGUGGGCAAGAAGACAUAUACAAGCAAGACCUGUCCCCGAAGCAAGGACCCUGUGUGGAGCCAGGCGUUCUCCUUCUUUGUGCAAAAUGUAGCAGCUGAGCAGCUGAAUCUCAAGGUGCUCGAUGAUGACCACGAGUGUGCUCUGGGAGUGCUGGAGCUCCCCCUGUGCCAGGUUCUCCCCUGUGCAGACCUUACCCUCGAGCAGCGCUUUCAGCUGGACCACUCAGGCCUGGACAGCCUCAUCUCCAUGCGGCUGGUGCUUCGGUUCCUACGUGUGGAAGAACGAGAGAUUGGGAGCCCAUACACAGGACCUGAAGCCUUAAAGAAAGGUCCUCUCUUCGUUAAGAAGGUGGCCACCGACCAGGGCCCCAAAGCUCCACCCCAGGGAGAGGGCCCUGCAGAUUUGCCAUGCCCCCCAGACCCUGCUUCUGAUACCAAGGAAGCCUCCAAGAGCAUCACGACAACCAUCAGUACCACCACUACUGUCACCGAGCCCACCCCCCAAGAGACAGGCCCAGAGCCCAAAGGCAAAGACAGUGCCAGAGGGUUCUGUGAGCCCAUGGGCAAGAAGAAGAGUUCGGCCACCAUCUUCCUGACUGUCCCAGGCCCCCACUCUCCAGGGCCCAUCAAGUCACCCAGACCCAUGAAAUGCCCUGCCUCCCCAUUCGUAUGGCCGCCCACGAGGCUGGCUCCCAGCAUGUCCUCGCUCAACUCCCUGGCCUCUUCCUGCUUUGACCUGACAAAUAGCAGCCUCAACAUUGAAGGCGGGGAUCACAGGCAGCGAAGGCUGGGUGAGAUUCAGCUCACAGUGCGCUAUGUGUGUCUGCGGCGCUGCCUCAGCGUGCUAAUCAAUGGCUGCAGAAACCUGACACCCUGUACCAGCAGUGGAGCUGAUCCCUAUGUCCGUGUCUACUUGUUGCCAGAAAGGAGGUGGGCUAGUCGUAAGAAGACCUCAGUGAAGAGGAAGACCCUGGAACCCCUGUUUGAUGAGACGUUUGAAUUUUUUGUUCCCAUGGAGGAAGUGAAGAAGAGGUCACUAGAUGUUGCAGUGAAAAACAGUAGGCCACUUGGCUCAAACAGAAGGAAGGAGCUAGGAAAAGUAAGUACAAGAAGGACUCUUGGUACUGUCCUCCUAGCACUCUAGCUGGAGUUCAU